AUGGCUCCAGCUCUUUACUCCGGGACCCUGACCGCCGUGUUGGCCAUUCCAGCCUACGAGACGCCGAUCGAUUCCUUGGAGGAUUUGCCGAGGGCUGUCGAGGGGGGAUUCACUCUGGGCGUUAUGGAGGAUUCCAGCAACGAACUCCUGUUCAGAGAAGCGGACAGCGGCAUCUACAAGCAAACUUGGGACCUGUUCAAUCACGAAGACAGAUCCCAAAGUUUCGUCAACAGUCCUGCUACGGGAAUAAAAAGGGUCCUGGAGAGGAAGUUUGUCUACAUAGGACCCACGACUUACACGGAGAGUCUGGCAACCAGAUUGGGCAGGAGGAAGUUCCACUUUGGGCGCAGCUCCUUCUACCCACAAGGCAUUGUCAUAGGGUAUUUCCCUGGCGCCCCUUAUAAGGAUAUCAUCAAUGAUCUGCUGCUGAGAAUGGUGGAGGGAGGUCUCGUCAAUAAAUGGCGCGACGAUGAGAUUAUGACAGCAUCCUCGAAGGAGAACUGGGCCGUAGGACCCGCCAAGACUAAGGCCAUCACCCUCAACCACCUUCAGGCCGCUUUCUUUGUCAUAGCACUCGGGUCGGCUUUGGCGACAGUGGUCCUCCUGAUGGAGAACGUAGUAUUGUUCGCGUCUGGAAUGAUAAAAACCUGA